ACUGAUUCUCAUCAUACUAGUUUACUCUGAUGGGCUCCUCCACCGGGUCCCCGGAGAAAUCCUCCACGAGCAGGUCGUUGAACUACAAUUGCUUGGAGACAACUAUCACAUACCAUGACGGUUCCUUCAUCAAUCUAGUUGAGACUACGGAACCAAUGAACGAUCAAAUAACUGCCACUCGAGUGGUAUGUUUAAGGAGAGGAGCUUCGUCGCCAUGAGCUCCCCACUGCUUAUCAGCGCUGUGGGUAUCAUUGUCUGCCUCAUCACUGUUCUGCAGGUUGACUCGUUGAUUUAUCCACAGUGAUUGAUUCCGAUUAGGGUCACAGCUGAAGGGCGAGUUUUCUGCUGGAAAGGACUCCCAUACAUGUUCGCACCUGAUGCCUGAAAGAGAGAUUCGUCAUUGUGCUUCUCUUGUAAAACCCGAAACGAGCUGUUUUCGCCAUCGAGGAUUGAUCUUUGCCCUCCGAUGAUCACUGAUUGUAUACUUGGAUGCGUUGUCCCCUGGACCAUCUGACUGGAAUCUCUGGAGGUUGGAAUGAUAAGAUUACAGUAUGAGUGAAAACCGAAAAUUCUCUUUCGUCAGAGAAUGAUAGAUCGAAACGAUGUGUGAGAGUUUCAGAAUAAAUAUAUCAAUGGAGGAAAUCUGCUUUGGUUUGUGGAAUUUGCUUCCGGGUAAAUGAGCAGCAUCUACAAACGUCAGCGAAUUCAGAAUUUGAACAAGGAGCAUUUACAAAUUCUUCAACUUAGAGUACAUUUUUCUGCAGCAUAGCUGUGGUCGUGGUGGCAGUGGCACGAGGAAGAUAAUCUCGAGACUCAAGACGAAAUUCUCAAUGUUAGUUAUCACAUGAAAUUGUACAUCCGUCUAUACAGGACCACCUAUUUAGUUCGACAGUUUCAUAGAUUUUGCUCAAUUAACUUCAGCACGUGAAUCAAAUGUAACAUAAGGGCACACCUAUACAUUUCCG